AUGGGUCGAGAGGCGCGGCGGCGCCUGGCGGACGCGCGUAAGUGGGCGGCGGCGCGGGACGACGCGCGGGACGACGGAAAGACGUCGCGGGAGCACAUGGAGGCGAAGAAGGCGCGAGAAAUCGAGGCGUGGCGAUCGACGCGCGCGCGCGAGGGCGUGGAUGGGUCGACGAAUCCGAAUUUCGUACCCGUGGGGGAUUGGCGAGCGAAGGUGGCGGCGGCGCGACGCGAGGCGAAACUCGAAGAGUUUCGCGCGCUUCGAGCGCGCGAGACGGCGACGGCGACGGCGUCGAGGGUGGAACAUGAGGGUGAGACGCGAGUGAAAUCCACCGAGGACGCGACGCUUCCGAGCGGUUGGCGCGCUUUCGUCGACGAGGCGUCGGGGGAGGUGUUUUACGGACACGUCGACACGAAGCAGACGCAGUGGGCGCGUCCGUCUUGUUGA